AAGUCCACAGUUUCGUUUCAGUCUACUGCGCACCGUUCUAGAGUGAGGGUGUCGCUCGUUCUCUGGACAGUUUUCCCCCGACACAAGUCAAAGCUCGACAAGCAACAGGCAGAAUGUUGAGGUCAGCUUCACCGCAGUAUCCCAGCAGGGCAGACGAUAUUCGAGUGAUUCGUUUGACGGCUGAUCAGGAAGCUGUUCUUCAAGAACAGUUUAACAGAUGGCCAAGAGCACCUCACACAGCGGAUAUCGUUCUAUUGGCAGCCGAGACAGGACUCUCCGAAGCCGACGUUGAGGCAUGGUACGCAAUCCGGUUAGCCCAGUGGAGGAAAGAACAGGGCUUGGGGGGAAAUAUUGGUUUACAUUAACGCAUUUUUAACGUUGAAAUCCUUUCCAACGUGCUUGUGUACCUGAAAACGUAACUCUAAUAAGGACUGUGUAUGGACCUGACAACGAUCUAUUCUCUCAUGAUCUUCCGUUGCUUUCAGCUUACCAAUUGUACUUUCGUAGAUACCGUUAACACCUUACCCAUAGUUUGCAAGUGAAAUAGAUAGAGAUUAAAACGAGUUAUAGAUUAGUUGAAUCGUUAACGUUCGGAGACUUAUUGAGUGUGGGUUAAUAAUUGGCGACAUCGAAAUGAUUAUUAAGUAAGGUGUUAAUUUAGAACCACACGAAAUGUUUAUUUAUGUUAAUUGUAAGUGUAUAGAAAACAUAAGGGACAACGUACAUACAAGCGAUGGUACCAAAUACUGAUUUUUAAGAAGUGAUCUGUGCGAAAUAGAAUUGCGUAAAGGAGUAAUCGGAGCCGUAUCAAAGUAUGUAUGUACUUUUGGGGGUAAAGAAAAAAGUACUCCGUGCAAGUACCACUAUAUCGUUUACUCGUAAGGACGUCGUGCAUAGAAGACAUCACCAGCGAGUAUUAAUCAUAGAAUAUACGUGUACGACACGACUGUGAGUCGUGGGGAAAUUACAUUAAUUGUAAAAUAUCAGGUACCACAAAUAUGUUUUAAUGCUUUUGGAUAGUUGUGCUAAUAAUUCUCACGAGGUAUGUACAAAAAAAUACACGAACUAAAACAAAAAUUGCGUGAUCGAUUCACUCGAAGUAAACCUUGCACGAAGGCCACCGAUU